AUGUGGAAAGUUGUCUGCUACACUUUUUUUUGCUUAAGCAGUCGCGUGGCUUUUUCGUUGGUGUUAAAUAAUAUGCAGCUGAAAUACUACCUUUUACAUUACCUAUUCAAUAUUUUUUUGGCAUUCACAGUCAAACAUGGAAGAUUCCAUUCACUCAGCAAUUCUGAAAUUGUUCACGAUGAAACAGAUCUAGCUGAAAAGAGGCUAAAUGAAGCCAUGGCACAAAGGAAAAAAGAAUUACAACACAUGAAAAAUAUAAUUGGGAGACAAAUUAAACAGAAGAACAAAGAAGAUCGAAUCAGAAUUUCUCAGUUCAAAGAAUCCUUUAAAGGAAAAAAGGAAGUACCUAAUCGAAAUAAACCAUGGAAAACUAUCGAAUGGCAAAACUAUUGGAAUUCUUUGGGUAACCACGAACAAAACAACCUUGACAGGAGGAAGUCCCACUGCCACAAGAGUAUCUACACCAAAAUAGAUGAAAUGGCUGAGAACUUCAAUGCUUCAGUUAGAAAAGACAGAAGUUGUGUGAAGAAAAGGGCAUAUGGCAAGAGAGAGCCAGCAAGAGAGAGAGAAGAGAAAGUAAUCGACCAAGACAAUGAAUCACUACUUCAUGACAAUCCAAAGCAGAGAAACUUCAUUGAAAAAGGAGCCAGCAAAAGAAAUAGAACAGCAAAGAAGAAAACUAUCGAACAUGAAAAUGAAUCAGUACUCCUCGAGAAUCAUGAGCAGAAAAACUCCAUUGAAAGAGGAAAAAAGAAAAAGACGAAAGAGAAAAAAGAUGAAAGGACAGGAAACAAUAAAAUGAAAUCAUCUAAAGAGAGAGCAGGAGAAGAAGAAGAAGAAGAAAAAGAAGAAGAAGAAGAUCAAGAAGAAGAAGAAGAUCAAGAAGAAGAAAAAGAUCAAGAAAAAGAAGAAGAUCAAGAAAAAGAAGAAGAUCAAGAAAAAGAAGAAGAAAAAAAAGAUCAAGAAGAAGAAGAAGAAGAAGAAGAAGAAGAAGAAAAUAACAAAAUGGAGAAACAGGUGAAGUGUAGUACAAAAUAUACUCCUCCGUCGAAAAAUGCAAAGCAAUAUCCUUCACCAAAUUGCCACGAAGAUGUGGACAGUUUGCUGACAUUGCAAAAUGAGAGAAAUAAUUUAUCACCUCUUUCCUCCACUCCUCUUUCACCGUCCAGCACAAGGUCUUCGUCUCCCAAUUAUCAACACCGCGAAGAAGGGGAAAUAUUUGGGCCAAGCAACUCUGGAAUUCCUCCGCAAACGACAUUGAAGCGGGUGGCAGAUGGUACGGCGGGUACUGCGGCUGCUUCUCUUAUAAAAUAUCUCGUUUUUAAUAAAGACCCCAAAUUGGCAAUUGAGCCAUGCGUAAAGGUCAGACGUUUAUCUGCGCCUUUCCAAACACAGGGAAAAACAAGAGGAACAAGACGAGGAAAUGGAAGGUUGCCUGGAAGACCGAAAGGACGAGGAAAGGUCCCAGCAGGAAAAAAAUUAUAGAACAGAAGUUCGUCUGAUUUGUUCUCCAAUACGCUGAUUUGUAUUUCAAUGGAAGUGUAAUAAUAUAAA